UUUCACAAAUUUACAAUAUUCUCACUUAAAAAUAUUACGUAACGCUGAAGUCUUCGAUUAUGUUAUCGAAGAUUGCAUUAUAAAUAUAUAUAUAUAUAUACGAUCGAGAAUACUUGUUCCAUAUAUAUAUAUACAUUUGUUAUUUAAUUUUCUUUAGAUUUAAAAAGAUAAAAAAAAAUUUUUUUAAAUAAAAAAGGAAAGGAAGGGAAAAGGAAUAGGAAAGAACAAUUUUUCAAACGUUAUUAUGAAAAAGUGUACAUUUAAGUCUCAGGAUUGUAAGGUCGAUGUUAUUUUUGAAAAUUCGAAGAGAGAAAAAAAAAAAGGAAAAAAAUAUAAUCGAUUCUUCAAAUAUGAUAAAAAGUUUUACGUUUUAAGAUACGAUGAAAAAGGGAAAUUCAAUCGUGAAAAGGAAAUAUACGAGGAGAGAAGACCUUGAAAUAGAUUUUAGAUUUAAGAACAGGAAUGUGUUCGCUGUUCAUUUAGCAGUGGGUCAGGGUCAAUCAAUUGGUGUUUUUGUGUUCAAGCAUCACCCCUUUUUUCCCCUCAGUGUCUUCUAACGUUUUCAUUGGCAUUACGUUGAUGUCUCACUCUCUCUCACUCUCACUCUCAUUCUCACUCUUUCUCUCUCUCUCUCUCUCUCUCUCUCUCUCUCUCUCUCUCUCUCUCUCUCUUGCAAAUAUAGAAGCGAAAGAUCACGCGUAAUCAUCCCGCGUCUUUAUAUUUUGGAUGUUUGCCAUGAUACUAACAUUCCUACUCUCCGUAUACUUCGGAAUUCGGUACAUAAUUUAUUCGUUUAAUUACAACAACAACAACAAAAAAUUCGAAUUAUUUAUUAUUACAUUGAUAAUACUCUUGCUGCGCCAAUAUUUUUGUCGUAUGUAUGUAAAAGUUCAUAUAAUUACAAUUAAUAAUACAUUUGCAUAUUUUGUAAUCACGUAUUUAUGUAUGUAAUCACGUAUAUCAAUAUUCUUAUAGGCCAAAACUUUGGUUCUUUUUCUCUCUCUCUCUCUCUCUCUCUCUUUUUUAUUUUUCUUUUUCUUUUUUAUUUGUAUUAUUCUCUCCCUCUCUUUCUCUCUCUCUUUCUCUUUCUCUGUUUCUCUCUCUCUCUCUCUCUCUCUCUCUCUCUCUCUCUCUCUCUCUCUCGUUUAUGGAAAGUUACUUCGGAGUUGCAAGAUGUUUUCUUCUGUGACCUUACUCUUUUCGAGGAAAAAAAAAAAAAAAAAAAAAAAAAAAAAAAAAAAAAAAGCAAGAAAGAGAAGAAGAUAAUAAAAACGAACGACGUCAUUCGCGCCAAAAAUUGACUAAGCGCAUGCGAAAGGAAGUCUUUUAUAUUCUUAAGGAAGGAGCUACCGGUACGACUCGCUAAUAUUAUGAAAGAGAUCCAUCUGUUACCCGAUAAUUUAUUGAAAACUCCUAGUGUCGUAAUAGUAAAUAAUUUAUACGUCACUUCGUUUGAAGAAAUUAUACACUUUGAAAAGUCUGAGGUUAACGAUACCACUUUGGAUAAAUUUUGUCAAGCUUUGAUCAAAAUCCGAAACAGGCAUAGCGACGUUGUCCAAACGAUGUCCCAGGGUGUUCUUGAGCUGAAGGAUUCUUACGACGUUGAUAUUCAAACGGAGAACAGCAUCCAGUAUUUCCUCGAUAGAUUUUUCAUGUCACGAAUUUCUAUUCGUAUGCUCAUCAAUCAACACACGCUCCUAUUUGGUGGGUUGUUGAACGGUCACAGCAGACACAUAGGAUGCAUAGAUCCGUCGUGCGAUGUUAUCAGUGUUAUCAAAGAUGCCUACGAGAAUGCACAGUUUCUAUGCGAUCAAUAUUAUCUCUCUAGUCCGGCAUUAAACGUGAAGCAACAUAAUGAACUUGAACGAGGUAAUGAAAUACGAAUCGUUUACGUACCAAGUCAUUUGUAUCACAUGCUCUUUGAAAUAUUCAAGAAUAGUAUGAGAGCAAUAAUGGAAUAUCACGGAUCGGAAUCAGACAAUUAUCCGCCGAUCGAUGUGACUGUUGUACGUGGAAAAGAGGAUAUAUGCGUGAAGAUAUCUGACCGUGGCGGUGGCAUACCUCGUUCGCAUAUGGAUCAUCUUUUUAAGUACAUGUAUAGUACCGCGCCUCAGCCAAGCAAGUCGGAUGCACAUACCGUCCCUCUCGCUGGUUAUGGUUAUGGUCUUCCUCUAUCUCGUUUAUACGCUAGGUAUUUUCAUGGUGACAUCGUUUUGCUCAGCUGCGAAGGUUACGGCACCGAUGCGAUCAUUUAUCUGAAGGCUCUUUCGAACGAGGCAAACGAAUUGUUACCUAUAUUCAAUAAGACUUCUUCGAAGUUUUAUCGUACUCCAGUUCCUACGGCUGAUUGGAGCAGCCAAUGCGGUGGCGGUAUGGCCACUAGACAACUUAGAAUGAGUUAUACUCAAGGACAUAGAUUACCUCACGAUAUGGAGGCCGGUCGUUGCUAACGAAAUUUUAUUUCAUUUAAAAGAAAAAAAGAAAAAAAAAAAAAAGAGUUGAUAAAACGCCUGACGUUUUAUUCGAAUUAAUUUUCGUACUAUGACGCGUAGUCCACCCACCACCCCGAUUAUUUUUUUUUUUUUUUUUUUUUUUUUUUUUUUUUUCUUCCUUUCCUUUUCAUUCAGUUAGAUACCUCGAAAUGAGCUUCGACGAGAAAAAUGUCAAUAGUUGCGAUAUAGAUAUUAGCGAUCUGAGAUGAAAAAUCUUUGAUUAUUAGUUCUGCAUUGGACGUUAUCGCGAUAGUACCUUAGUCCCUGUGAGAAAUGAAGUCACGGUAUAAAUUUAAAGAAGAAAAGAAGAAAAGAAAAAAAAAAAAAGAAAAAGGUUUUUCAAUUUUUACGUCUCGUAUUAAGCAUCGCUAUCACGAAAUGUUACAUAUCAAGUCAAAGUGACAGAUCUGCCAAUUGAUUGUUAUAAUUCGACCUGUUCAUUCUUAUUUCUGAGAGUAUCCAACUGAUUUUUAUUUAUUUCUUCCUUUUUUUGUUUUCUUUUUUUAACAAUUUCAAAUAAUCAUUAUCAUCGAUGGAUCGCAUAGUGAGCAAAAAGUAAGAAUUAUUGAUAUACUUAAUUAAAUAUAAUUUUUGCUUACUCGAUCAUUUAUCUUUUUUCCUCUUACUUUAUCAACAAUGACGUAUUGAGCAUUUUUAUAACUUAGAAUGCAUUUUUUGUUUUUCUCUUUUAUCGCAACAAGAAAAAAAAAAAACAGAAAAAAAGGGAUAAAUUUAAACGGCAUUGAUGAAUAUUAGGAACCAUUAUUACUUUUGUGGAUUCUACAAUGAUAACCACAAAACGCUGACUGUGAUGUAGUAGGCAAUUUUAAUUUUUAACUGUUAGACAGCUAAAACUUGUUAAUCGUUAAUACCAUAUUAGUACUAUGAUACUAAUAUCGGAUGUAAUAAUAUUAAAAUUAUAAUUUUACGUGUAGCCUGUAUGUCGUGUAUAUACUUCGAAUGAAGUCGAAGAGAGUCGCAUUAAGUCUCCCACACAGAAAGUAUUUUCUAUCAUAGUAAUAAUUCAUCUAAUAAUAAACGAUGAAAAAGUUUAAUAUUUUCAA